AGUAACUGGCUAUUAUCUAGAACAGAACUCAUUGAUUAAGGAAGGGUAGGGAAACGUUGAGGCAACUGGCAUUUAGAUAGAACAGAGCUCAUUGAUUGAGGGGAAAUUGAUAGAGCAAAGGCAACUGGCUGUUAACUAGAACAGAGCUCAUUCAUUAAGGAGAGACAAAUAAAGUAACUGGCUAUCUGCUAGAACAGAGCUUACUGAUGAAGGAAGGAGAAGGAAGAUCAGCUGUAACUGGCUAAUAGUUAGAACGGAGCUCAUUGAUGAAGGAUGAGGGAAGGAAGGCUAGAAGUAACUGGCUAUUUGCUAGAACGGAGCUCAUUGAUUUAGGGAGGAUAGAUGGAGCAUAUGUAACUGGCUAAUAUGUAGAACAGAGCUCAUUGAGGUAAAGAUGUUGCAGCCGACACAUCACAUGGUUUGUUGGGGAGAGAGAGAGAGAAAGAAAGAAAGUCCAGGAGUCAGACGAUAACUUAUCUCGGAGUCUAAUAUUAGUCGUUCUGUCAUUGUUUUGUUUCUAAUCGUAAACAAGGAAAUAAAGGAAGAAAGAGAUUAAAAAAUAUAUUUAUUUACAUGGAUAUUCUGACAACCAGUUCUUGUGCUUCGUGUUUUUCCGGAGAAGAAGUAAAACAAAAAAAGAAAACCACAACAGAUAUUGAUCUAUUGAUUUGAUAUUUUUUUAUUCUUUUUUUAUAUUUUGGAUUUUAUAUAGUAUAUUUUUUUAAAUCAUCGCGAUGCCAAAUAAAUGAUUGUUUCGAUAAUUAAAAGAAAAAAAGGGAUAAUAAUAAUAGAACGAUAACGGAGUAACCCCUAAAAACAUAAACGGGUCUUGAGGAUGGCUGAAGCAAGGAGUGCUGUGGCACAACCGAGGGUGGACCUCGACGAAGAUGCAAAAUACCCGAGCAGAGAUGUAUUCAGGGUAUGGAGAAGAAUACUUAUCAAGCGCUUCUUUAGGACGAGAAAUUUAAUUUAUAAUGGUUUAUGGCCAACGUCGGCGUGGAACUUGGGAAUACUCAUGGUGGGUCUGCUGACCCUUCUCCUUGCUCAGGACAGUCACACUUCGUUACCCAGCAGUUUCCUGUGGAGACUGGCCGACUAUUUAAAUUUACCGACAGAUCUCAAUUAUGGACUGUCCGAGCUAAUCCUGGCCCUCAUUGUCGGAGUUUUCUUCUUCAUCGUUCAGCUUUAUUUUCGACGUUAUCUCCUUCGGCUCCUCCUCUCCUAUCGGGGAUGGAUGUAUGAGAUGCCACGUUCUCAGGGACUACAGACGAAAUCGUGGGGCAUGUUAGUUAGGCUGGUGAGUGGUCACUCGCCCCUUCUCUAUAACUGUCAGCAGAGUCUCCCUCGACUGCCCGUGCCAGCUUUAAACGACACUCUGGAUAAGUUUAUCAAGUCAAUCAUUCCACUGUACGGGGAAGACUCGGACAAGGUUAGAGAUUUGCGGGAACAAGCCAAGAAAUUUGCCCAAUUCCCUGGUCCAAAGCUUCAACAAAUUUUGGUCCUAAAAUCUUGGUGGACCCCUAACUGGGUAACAGAUUGGUGGGAGAAGUACAUCUACCUCAUGGGCCGCAAUCCCCUGGCCAUUAACAGUAAUUAUUACACGUUGGACCACUCUGUGUGGAAACCCACAGAAAAACAGGUUGUGAGGGCUGCUGCGACGCUGCAUGAAUUCAUGGUCUUUAAACAGAAGCUAGACAGGGAGGAGAUCAAGCCUCUCCUCAUACGUAACACUAUACCAAUAUGUAUGAGCCAAUAUGAACGCCUCUUUGCUACCACCAGGAUUCCUGGAGAAGAAAUUGAUACCUUGGUACACACGGAGUCAUCAAAGCACAUUGCCAUCCUUAGGAGAGGCCUGAUCUAUAAACUGAACAUGUAUGACAUCGAUGGCAAGCUGUUGAGUGCCGCAAGUCUCCAGAAGCAAUUAGAGUGGAUCAUUGACCAUGCAGACCAACACCAAAAUAGCUAUUCAGAAGCAGCCAAAUCGAUUCCUGCUUUCACUGGAAUUGAACGAAAAACCUGGGCCAAAGUCCGUGAAACCUUCUUCUCAGAUGGCAUCAACAAGGAAUCGCUCCAAACCAUUGAAACAGCAAUAUUUUUUGUGACCCUGGAGACGAUAUCAGCUGAGACCAUAAUGGAACGGGCCUGUUACCUUAUGCAAGGUGACGGCAGGUCAUUGUGGUUUGACAAGAGCCUCAAUGUCAUUUACUUUGCCAAUGGUCGUAUGGGACUGAACUGUGAACACUCAUAUGCUGAUGCUCCAGUGGUGGGACAUUGCCAAGAGUACGUGAUGACCAACGAAGCAAUGUACCCCCUGUACAAAGAUGGUGAAUUGGUUGAUGCUGAUCCCAAUUUUAAACAAGGCAAGCUGAAACCCCCAUCUUUACUUCAAUGGGAUUUCCCAGAUUCCUUCAAUCCAGAAGUUAAAACGGCAUGUUCCAUUUCACAAAAGAACCUUGAAAACAUUGAUCUGUGUGUCCGGGUCCAUAAUGCCUUCGGAAAGGGUUUCAUCAAAACUGCAAAGGUCAGCCCCGACGCAUUCAUCCAGUCGGCCCUUCAGCUCACUUAUUACACCUACUACGGCAAGUUGGCUCUGACUUAUGAGUCAUCGAUGACACGUUUAUACUUGCUCGGACGGACAGAGACGGUGCGGUCACUCACUUCAGAAUUGGCCAGCUUUGUCAGGGCGAUGUACAACAACAAAGUGACAAAGCAAGAGAAGAUCUCCCUGUUGCAGAGGUCCUGCACCAUUCACCAAGGCCUCUACCGAGACGCCAUGAAUGGCAAGGGAUUGGACCGGCACCUGUUUGGGCUCUAUGUCCUUAGCAAAGGAAUGGGUUAUGAUUGUGACUUCUUAAAAGACGCCCUCCUGAUGCCGUGGACCCUAUCGACAAGUCAACAACCACAGCAGCAGAUCGCGUCUUCUCCCCAGUGUGACUUACCCCAGUUUGAUUCAAUGCUUGGCCCAGGAGGAGGUUUUGGGCCAGUAUCUGACGAUGGUUACGGCAUUUCUUAUAUGGUAGCUGGCAACAGGAAGAUCUUUUUCCACAUAUCUUCCAAGCGAUCUGCCAAAGAAACAGAUUCGUCGAAAUUCAUGGAUCUCUUGUUCCAGAGCAUGGAUGACAUGAAGAAACUAUUCGAUCCGUAACUCUGGACGAGGAGGAGCAUUUGGUUGUGUUGGGGGUUGAUGUUGGUGUUGACCAUAGAUUCUUAAUGGUGUCGUGGCUUGGUGGCCGUGUGGUGGUAGAGGUCACUUACAUGGUCAGCCACUCGUAUACCCAUAAACCAACAUACAAGGUGCAUUCCAGAAGUCUGAGACUUUUUCCAGAAAGACAUCCAUUAAUUUCUAACAAAUACAAAUUUCUAAUCCCCUUCAUAAUGGCCCCUAGAAGUCCUCCAAAGUGAAAGUGUCCAGGGCUCUUGUCAUGGCCUCUUUCAUCUUCUUCAUCUCUUCAAAAUGCCUGGAACAACCAAAAGCUAUACGGAACAAAGUCUGGACUGUAGGAAGAGUGAAGGACAGUUUUUUCUCUGUCAAGGAAUUGGUUAACAGAAUGGAAUUGUGGACUGGUGUAUUGUCUUGGUCUAUGUCCUCUGGCUCUUUGUGACCAAAUCUCUUCAUGAACUGCCUCAAAACCUCAACAAAGGACUCUUUACAUUAUUCAUAUUGGAUGGACAGGUGUCCUCGUCUUGUUUGUUCUCACCACAACGUUUCGGCUGGUUUACUCUCCAGCCUUCAUCAGGUGUCCUGGUAGAAUUUUGAACACAACCCUCGGUUCUCAUUCCUACGGUAUUUUUUUGUUUUGGCAACAAGCAAGAUGAGGACACAUGUCCGUCCAAUGUAAAUAAUGUACAGACUUCCUUAUCUCAAAAAUACAGAAAAGGAUUCUUUGUUGACCGUUUGACCAGAGGGAACCUAGUGGACGUAGACGAUGCCCUUGCUGUCGAUAAAGAGGAUCACCAAGAGCUUCUCAUUGGAUUUGUUUUGCCUGGUCUUUGACCCAGCGAAUAACAGACCCUCGGCUCAUGCAUGUUAACCCAGUCUGGGGCAUAACAAAUCUCUGUAGCAUUUUUGCCCAGUUUAACACAAAACUUUAUCGUAUUGCAAGCUCCAAAUACAUUUUACAAACUGGUCAGCUGUGACAUGGAGUGCUUUGUGCUGAUACAGCUGUCCCCCUCCCCUUUAAUUUAGAUGAACAAAAAUUGGCAGGUCAGCUUAUUAAUAAUGAUGACCUAAAACGACAAUAUUGUUGAACAGUUAUAACUAAAAAAGUCUCAAAACUUCUGGAACAUAUCGUGUAGUCAGCCGUGUUGAGUAAGGUAUGUCCAAAGUGCCAAUACAGUUGUCUCCUUCCGUCUUUAAAAACAAAAGGUUGGCAGGUCAGCUUAUUAGAUGUAUAGUAAUGACAUAUUAUGAUUACAAUAAUCUAGGAUAGUCUCAGACAUUGAGGAAUGUCUCAAACGUUGUGGAAUGCACCUCGUAUGUUCUCUAAGAGCUAUAAGCAAAACAGAAAGAGACAGGAUAAAAAAAUCCUUCGUUCCGCUACUACCAACAUCAGCACCAAACACCAUGCUGUCUUAUCACGCUACCUCUCCAACACCACCACCACUACCACUACUACUAUGGUGCCAUCAGCUCUCUGCGACUGAGUGGUCAUCGAAUGUCACUCCCACUUGCACUCACACUCGACAUGAAUCUACUCUUCUAGUCCUGCAUGUUAUACACACCCACCGAUACCACUCCCCACUCUUAACCCUAAUGCCUCCCCCCAUCUCCCCCCUAGUUUACAAAGUAAACUAGCCACAGCUUAGGGUUUCACAACUUGAAAAGGCCUUGAAAUAAUCAAAAUCUGUACGUAUGUAUGUAUGUAUGUAUAUAUGUAUAUGUAUGCAUACAUAUACAUAUAUAUAUAUAUAUAUAUAUACACACACACACAUAUAUAUAUAUAUACACACACACACACACACAUAUAUAUAUAUAUAUAUAUACACACACACACACAUAUAUAUAUAUAUACACACACACACACACAUAUAUAUAUAUAUAUAUAUAUAUAUAUACAUACACAUACACAUAUAUAAAUAUAUAUAUACAUAUGCAUAUGUAUAUAUAUAUAUAUAAGUAUGUAAAACAAAGGAAUAUGAAUGGACAACAUGUGGCCUAGUGGUCAGAGUGACGCACUUACAAUCACCAGGUCGUGGGUUCAGUCCCUAGGUCAAGUGGCACAUUGUGUUUUUUUGAGCAAGACACUUCAUUUCACAUUGCUCCAGUUCACUCAACUGUGAAUGGGUGACCUUACAAUGAGCUAGCCUUCCAAUCAGGGGACACGCUGGACCUGCUUGCCUAGCCAGCUGGGUGACAUCGUUUCAAAGCUAAAAUGAAGCAAAGUGCAUUGUGAUCAGCGAUGUAUAACAACAUCUGACUGGUCGAUACAGUGACCACAUGAUCACAUACAUACACACACACAUAUACAUAUAUAUAUAUAUAUAUAUAUAUAUAUAUCAAAAGGAUGUUUUAUAACACUAUUCCAUAUAUACAAAAACAGCCAUAUGAACAAUCCAACAUACCUCCAUCAUCAGCUGCCUCACAGAUAUCAUCAUGGUUUUGACACCUGGGCUGUACUAAAAUAAGUGUUGUUUGGGAAUAAACGUACCAAAGAAACCACAACUUCCAAACACAUUUAACCUAUGUACAACUGUAUCAGUAAAUAAAUACACACAGACACACACACACACAUAUGGUUAGUACAAAUUACUCUGUAAGGAGCCUAGGGCUGGAUUCCCAUUUUCUCCAGCGUAUAUAUGCUUCCCCUGGACAAUACGCCAGUCUAUUGCAGGAUGACUCAUUUUUGCCAGCUGAGUGGACUGGAGCAACAUGAAAUGAAGUGUCUUGCUCAAGAACACAGCACAUCGCCCAGUCAAGGAAUUGAAACCACAAUCUUACGAUCACGAGUCCAACACCCUAACCACUAAGCCAUGCACCUCCACAC